AUGAACUUCGACAGUGUGCAGUACACUCCAGGCGUGGCCAGCGGCUUCCCGGACUCGAGAACCUGCCUGCUACACCAGAAGCUGCAGAUGCUGAACGUGUGCAUGGAACGGCGCACGCUACGUGACGGUGGACUCCCGUUUGCAAUGCGACCAAGCACAACAGGAACCACGGGAUCCGGACCGGGAGCGGGAACCGGUGGUGGUGACCAGUCGGAUGAAGAGUUCUUUGACUGUUCGGACGAUGAGCAAGAGUCCGGUGCAACAGGACGGUUGUCUCGGCUCGGCAACAUGCUGCUGGUAAACUCGGACGAACCGUUGUACAUUCCGGUCACGCAAGAACCCGUCCCGAAGACGGAGGAUCAGCUCGAAGACGAUGCGGAGGUAAUGCUAAAGCUCGGUCCCGGCAGUGAGCUCUGCACGCAGAUGAUGAGCGCAUCGCUGCUGUCCGACAUGGAAAGCUUUAAGGCGGCCAACCCGACCGGACAGCUGGAAGACUUUAUCCGGUGGUACAGUCCGCGCGAUUGGAUCGAGGACGAACCGGUGGAUGAGCAGGACCCGUUCGGUCGGAAAGGGCACCUAAGCGCACGGAUGCUGAUUCCGGGCAAUACCUGGCAGACGGUAUGGGAAGGUGCCAGGCCCAUCCCGGCACGACGUCAAAAGCGGCUGUUCGAUGAUACACGCGAAGCGGAGAAGGUUCUGCACUUCCUAGAGUCGCGUACGAUCGGCCAGAUUGCUCAACUUACGAUGGCCACACUGUUUCACGUUGGCGUACUAACGCUGACGCAACAUGCCACCCCGGAUCGGGCCGUUGUUCCGCAGUUCGAAGAAACGAUUGACCACAUGACAGCGGCCUGUUGUCGAUUGUCGCGAGAAAACUGGAGCAACGGCACAACCGGAACCGGUCCCGCACGGGCCAACUCUCAAACCAAGUACGAACAGCAGUUACUCGCUGAAAUGAUGCAGCUCGAAUGUACCGUCACACAGGCACGCAGCUUACAGCGAAAGCUGUUCCCGGUUGGAUCGAGCGAAAGCUCUCCGUUGUCCGACGAAAAGCUCGCGCAAGAAAGGCAGCUUGUACAGGGUUUGUUGCAAGCGCGUGAAACAAAUCUACUAGAGGGCGCUAACAGUCCCACGGCCGGUCAGUUGAUGGGGUUGUUUGCUGAAGCUAAAAGAGCGGCAAACGAACAAGGAAACAACGAGCAGCAGCAGCAGUCGAGUGGCAAUACCCUGCCGGAUCCAAUCGAAAAACAGUUUACUCUGCGGCUUAGUGGCAACACCGUCAGCAAGGGUGCAGGGUCACCACAAUUUUUAAGAGCAAUACUGAUGCCACAAGAAUUUCGUCUAUGUGGAGCGUUCAGCCGCAAUACUACAUUUUACUAG